ACUUGGUGGAAUCCAUUUCCAUCAUGGCAGGCAGUAAGUUGGUACUGGAAGGUAGAGUAAGUGUCAGGAGCUUUCUUUUAGGUCUUAGCGUGGUCAUAAUUCCUUUGAUAAGAUCCUGUUACGGACAUUUCGACUGGGUCUUUGAUUAUCUGACGGAAACUCGUGGAAAAAUAGCCAUUUGUUUGCAUAUUGCUAUUAUCAAUGGCAUCUUGUUAGUAAUAUGCAGGGGACCUCUCUACAAGGUUGCUGUGAGAGCCUGCUUUUUAGGAGUUACCUUUGGUUGUGGUUUAAUUAUAAGCUGCACUGAAACCACUUGGACACAUUUUGGCUGGUAUAUGUGCUCCUUGGCAUUCUUCCAUUACUCCGAGUACCUGGUGACGGCCAUCAUUAACCCUCGCAGUCUGUCACUGGACUCGUUCCUGCUCAACCACAGUAUGGAGUAUACACUGGCAGCUGUCUCAUCGUGGCUCGAGUUCACUGUGGAAAUGCUAACCUUUCCAGAGCUGAAGCAGCUGAAAUGGUUGAGCGUCGUGGGUCUGCUCAUGGUGCUGUGUGGCGAGGGUCUACGGAAGGCGGCCAUGCUCACAGCCGGGUCCAACUUCAACCACAUUGUCCAGAAUGAAAAGGCCUAUAGUCACGUGCUGGUCACCAGUGGGGUGUAUGCAUUCUUUAGACACCCGUCCUAUGUGGGCUGGUUCUACUGGAGCAUAGGAACACAGGUCCUGCUGUGUAACCCCAUAUGUACACUGGGCUACACAAUAGCCAGCUGGAGGUUCUUUCGGGAGCGGAUCGAGGAGGAGGAGAUUUCCCUCAUCAAUUUCUUUGCCGAGGACUACGUAGAGUACAAAAAGCGGGUUCCCACCGGGCUUCCCUUCAUCUCAGGCAUCCGCAUCAACUAGCCCCAGGAGAAAACAACUCUUGAGUGGACUUGACUCCAAAAGCAGGCCAGACCUGGUGUCGACGUGGUCACAAAUCCUUCUGUGGGCUGGACUCACUAGCUCACGCAAAAAGACCACGACAGCGUACACAGCGGCAAGCAAAGUGGACUUCUUUUACUUGGCCAAACGCUACAAUCCAGUCAGAGACCAAAAAUCUUUCACCGUUUUUGUGUGUAUCCUCGUAGCACUUGUUUGUUUUAUUUGCAUGCUCGGAUCAUGCUAGGUGCUGCUUUGUUGAACAAUUAGCAGGUGUCAGAAGAGAGUGAAUGGCAGCUUUAUAGUGGAGGGGUUUCGCUUUGCAAAGGGACAUGACAUGACAUGUCCAGCAGCAUUUUUAAGCCAAGGUGGCUACAAAAAAAGGGAUUCCAUAUCGGUAUUAAAUAUAUUUAAUAAUGUAUAUCUAAAUGAUCUAGAACUGUCUUUUGGUGUGAGGUAGAUAAUCCAAGAUGGAUUACAUUCGGCUAGAUGUGGGUACACACACGUUGGCAGAUAGUGAUUGGACGCCGCAAAAAAGUGGACGUGAUGCUGUUACUACCUCUGUAGCUGGCUCAUUUCUACUAUGGUUCCAUGUGCGAAUUGUAACUAUCUGCUUGGAAGGGCUGUAUACAAGGGGCUAUAUAUAUAUAUAUAUAUAUAUAUAUAUAUAUAUAUAUAUAUAUAUAUAUAUAUAUAUAUAUAUAUAUAUAUAUAUAUAUAUAUAUAUAUAGGAACAUGAUCAUUCUUUCCAGUGAGCAUCAUACAUACAUAUACAGUGGAUCCCUGCAUAUUCGUGAUGCAGUAUUCAUGGCUUCACAAAUUCGCUAAUAAUACAGUAUGAAUACAUAAUACAGGUAAAAUAUACAGCAAAAAAAAGUUCGGCAGUCCUUGACCACACCCUAGUUGUUGUGAGAUGCUUAUACCUUCGAGACUGUGACUGCCGAUUCCAUCUGUUCAUGUGUCAUCUUACAGUAUCAUUCAUUAGUGGCGAGUGAAAUUGAUGGAGAGCCAUGUGUUCAAAAUAGACCUUUUUAUGCGAGUAUUACACCAUGUGACUCAUGUGAAAAGCUGGGAUCCACUGUGUGUGUGUUUGUGUGUGUUUGCAGGCAAGAGAAUAGAAAGCACAACAACGGUGACAAAAUUCCAACACAGGAAGGCAUCAAAGCAGCAGGCAAAGAAAGACUACCUUCCGCUCUGCAGUGACUAUGCUUACCACUGCCCUCUUAUUUACAGGACUGUUUUUUUUUUAUUAUUAAAAAAAUACAUUCAAUCUAGACUCGUUAUAUGUAGCAACGUUUACAAGAUCUUGAAUGAUAUAACUUUAUUUUAUUUUUUUGCACUGAUUGCACUCGUGAUGUCUUCAUACCAAGCAAUGCUGUUGAAGUAGACGGUGAUGAUAAUAAUAGUCAGGGAGUCAGUGACUGAAUGGACUGUUGGUGGAAUCCAUUUGAUCAUCCUCGCUCAGGCUAAAAAAAGAAAAAACACUUUUCACACAUGCUUGGGAUAAAUUGUCUUUGGAUUUGUUUUUAGCCUUAUUAAAUAAUGGUUCUUUAUUUUUUAUUUAGUUGUAUUUAUGUCCACUAAUUGUGUUAUUAAAUUUGAAAUUUUAAUUGGA